GGCCCCAGCCGAUCUUCACCCGAUCCAUCCAAUCGCUUCCCACCGACACCGCUGCCGUAUGUAUGUACUGUAAUGAACUGUGUAUUUUUAAACAAAGGCCUCGAUAUUUUACCACACCCGUCGCUCUUUCCCUCACCAUUUCCCGUUUCUGAUCUGUUGCUCUCGUGUAUUUUUCUCUUUUGCCUCCCCCGAAUUUUUUUUUUUUCUAUUCUUUUCUUUUUUGCCGCUCCUCCCCGCCCCUCUCCCCUUCGAAUUUUCUCUUCUCUCUUCUCUCUUUUCUCUCAAUCUUUUCUUUUCCUUUUGAAACUUCAAUCUGAAUCUGUCUGGCAAUUAUUUUAUUGUGUUGUUAUACGUGAUCGACUCUCAGCCAUUGCCCAAUUCCACUCCCCUGCCCGUACCAGCAACAGCAAUUUGACCUGACUGGACUCGACGUGGUGCGUUGACCCACUGCUCCGCCGCCUUUUCCCAGUCAGUUUCUGGUGUGUGUGGAUACUCAAGGAAAAAAAACACAACGUGCGGAUAAAACUCAACGUUCCCACUUCGUCCCUCACAGCUUGUUGUUAUUCACACACAACCUGCCUUUUGCCCUUAUUCCCUGUCGUCCUUUUUUCUUUUCUUUUCAGAUCCACCACGGGAUCUCGUGUUGCUCGACUGCCCGCGUCAAAAUACACUCAAAGAUCA